GUGGUUAAUAUUCAUGAUCCCGCCUUCGUGAGCGGGCUGUACUACAGUAGUCCGCAGAUCAGGAGCUCAGAUUGUGAUUUUUAAACAUCGCAGACCGAUUAUAUCAGAGUAAAUGGAGGACACAAAGCCUGAGGAAGCGAAUGUGGAGGAGCAGAAAGAUGAGGAGAAUAAGAUCUGUCCAGAAAAAAUGGAGGAAGCCAAACUGAAGGCCAGAUACCCUCACCUGGGUAAUAAACCCGGUGGAUCCGAUCUGCUCAGAAAAAGACUGCAGAAGGGGCCAAAGUACUUCGACUCUGGUGACUACAACAUGGCAAAGGCCAAGAUCAAGAACAAGCAGCUUCCAGCAGCACAAACGGAGAAGACUGGAGAGAUCACCGGAGACCACAUCCCCACCCCUCAGGACCUGCCGCAGAGGAAACCCUCUCUGGUGGCCAGCAAACUGGCAGGCUGAUACCUGCUGCUGUCCUUCACUCCACACUCCCACUUCCUGUCUCUUCAUCCACAUUUAUCUCUGAUCUUGCAUUCCUGCCCUCGUCCUCUCUCGUUUUCUUGUCUUAUCUGAAAAUACACUGAAUAUUCAAGGGUUGCAGAUGUUACAGAGCUGUACUGCCGCACUGUGAGAUGGGUUGGGUCGGGUCGUGGCUCCAAAGGCGGUGAAGUUCUCAAAGGUCCUCUGAUAUUUUAAAUGUGUCGUAGUAUGUAGUUGAAAGUGUACAUAUUUGCUAGUGAGUGAGGGCAUCAGCAUUUUAGAAGAUGUUUUGCAUUUAUUUCUAACCAUUCCUGUAUUACCCAAUGCUUAGAGCUCCUGGGGACCCACUGUCCUACAAAGUUUAUAUCCACCUUGCUUCUGCACAACUGAAUUUCACACCAAUAUGAUUUAAGUGAUCCGGAAGAACUUAAUUAGCUGGUUCAGGUGUGUUUGGUUGGGGUUGAAGCUCAACUCUCCAGGACCGUGGAUCUAAGACCUCUGCCUUAGAGGACUGUAGGUCACCAAAAAGGAAAAUUCUGUCAUUAUUUACUCAACUCAUAUGACUUUAUUUCCUUUGGUGAAUGGAAAAGGAAGAUGUUUAUUUGAAUGUCCAGGCUGCUCUUUUUCAAACAAAGUCUGUAGAGGGAAAGGGCUGUAGAGCUCAUGGAAUUUUAAAAAGUACAGUACAGUAAAUAUUUCUAUAUCUUGAGUCUUCUGAUGCCAUACACAAUAACACAUUUAAAUGAUGUGUUGCAAUCAGUCUUGAGAAAUGUAGCAACCAUUAGCAUUUGCUGCUAAUGCAAAAAAACCAUAAAAACAUGAAAGAGCUUUUUUGGGUAACACUUUACAUAAGGUCCCAUUUAAUAACGUUAGUUAAUGCAUUUGUUAAUACAUUUGUUCUAGUAUUUAUGGAUCUUGAAGAUUAUUAAAUGCUAUUUUUAUUGUCAGUUCAUGUUUAGCUGAUGUAGUUAAAAGCUGCUGUUUGUAACUUUUUUUUUUGUUCAAAAUUUACAAAUAUUACAUAAUGAGAAUGUAAAACAUGAAUCCAUUUUCCAAACCGUGUUUUUGUCUUGCCCUGAAUCAUUAUGGUACACUUAUAAUAAGUGUUU